AUGCAGACUUUUCCUCUUGCCUUGCUCAUCUUUCUCCUGUGUGCCCAAGCUGAAGCUGGGGAGAUCAUCGGGGGCACAGAAUGCAGGCCACAUUCCCGCCCUUACAUGGCCUUCCUGCACAUUGUCACUGCUGAGGGUUACGAGGGAUCUUGUGGUGGCUUCCUGAUAAGACGAAACUUUGUGCUGACAGCUGCACACUGUGCUGGGAGUUCCAUAACAGUCACCUUGGGAGCCCAUAAUGUAAAGAAAAAAGAAGACACGCAGCAAAAAAUUGAGGUCGCAGAGCAGUUCAUCCACCCCAAAUAUAAUGAAUUCACUAUUCGCAAUGACAUCAUGCUACUAAAGCUGAAGGAAAAAGCCAACCUAACUCUGGCUGUAGGGACACUUCCCCUUCCAUCUCAGCUCAACUUCAUCCCACCAGGGAAGAUGUGCCGGGUGACUGGCUGGGGACUAACAUCACUGCAUGGGGACAUUUCCAACACUCUGCAAGAGGUAAAACAGAGGCUUAUGGACCCCCAGGCCUGCGAACGCUACAACAAUUUCAAUCACAAUCUCCAGCUGUGUGUGGGCAGCCCCAGGAAGACCAAGUCAGCAUAUAAGGGAGACUCGGGGGGCCCUCUUCUGUGUGCUGGGGUGGCUCAAGGCAUUGUGUCCUAUGGCCGAUUUGAUGCCAAACCCCCUGCAGUCUUCACCCGGAUCUCCCAUUACCGGCCCUGGAUUGAUAAGGUCCUGAAGGAGAAUUGAGUGUGUGCCCUGGGUCAGCCAGAGAAGAAAUCUGGAACCAGACCUGAGAAGGCUUCAUGGGCAGCCAAUGCUCAAGUUGCCUCCAGUUCCCACUGAACUUCUGCCCCAUCCCAAAGCCUCAGAAAGUUUCGACCUACUUGAGACUAUCAUCUCAAUAAAGAACAAACUACCAGACUUCA